AUGGGUGAUCCAGGCAGGAGCUUCAGCACCCAGAUUCACCACGACUUCCAGGGCAAAUGGGCCCUCAAACGCCGUCGGACUCGAUCACUGAGCACCAAACUCCCUGAUGGCUUCGACAUAGGAACUACUCUCAGCGAAUACUGGGCGGGCCUUGCCAUUGAAGAAGAAUCCGACAGAGCACUCAAGAUUGGGAUUGCAAUCCAUGAUGGAACAUAUGGCAUUGACUUUUGUGUCCACCGUAUAUCCCUGGACGAAGAGGAAGAGGAAGAGAGGAGUGGAGGUGGGGACUGGAUUGCGGACCAUGUCAUCGAGGAACUAUCCCACUACAGGAGGGAACAUGUAUGCAAGAUUCUCGGUGUGGGAGUCAUUGCAACUGUUCACGAAAAGAGCCCGAAUUUAUGCUCGAGGCUUUGGUCUGAGCUCGACAUUGUUCCCAUGCUGGUCACGUCAAAUCCGAUGAUGGAAGCCGGCAACGCAAGGGCAGGAGCACAAAGAGUGGACGAGAUCGCCGACUCAGCGGCUAGGAAAUGUCUCGCACUAUAUGCUCCCACAAAGCAACCGCGAUUGUCAAUCAGCUUUAAGAACCAGGUCGAAGUCGAUUUGAGAGGUACGAUUCAGCUUACCACCAUCGACGACUACAAGGCAUCCGUCCGAGAGCCAACGUGGCGGGCCGUGCAGAAACACAUCCAAGAUGUUGUCGACCGCAAGCUUAGGGUCGUCUUUUUCAGUGCGACACCCCAAGGAGGCGGAGUGGCUCUGAUGCGGCACGCGUUGCUCCGGUUCUUGAAACUCUACAAUGUGAACGUCGAAUGGUUUGUGCCCAAGCCCAGACCCGACGUCUUCCGCAUCACCAAAACAAAUCACAAUAUCUUGCAGGGCGCCGUCCCUCCCGAAGUCCGAGCCACAGACGAGCAGCUGGGUAAGAUCAAAGAGUGGAUCGUCGACAAUGCGGAUCGGUACUGGCUCAGUGAAGGAGGGCCACUUCUUGCGCCCAAGGACGGCGGUGCAGAUGUUAUCAUCAUCGAUGACCCGCAGAUGCCAGAGCUCAUCCCAAUUGCGAAGAAGAUUGCACCGGAGCGGCCGAUCAUCUUCCGCUGCCAUAUUGAAGUUCGCGAUGAUUUAGUCCUUGAGGAUGGUAGUGCCGCUCAACACGUCUGGCGCAAUAUGUGGGCAAGCAUCAAACAAGCCGACGUCUUCCUCAGCCACCCUGUGCGGACUUUUGUUCCACCUGAAGUUCGCAAGGAGACGCUGGGCUGGCUCCCGGCAACUACCGACUGGCUUGACGGCCUCAACAAGCCUAUGGAUGACUGGGAUCUGCAAUAUUACAUGCAUGUUCUCAGGCAGGUUUGUCAGGCUCAAAGCCUUCCACAACUUGCAUACCCAGAUCGGGGAUAUUUCACCCAAGUCGCGCGGUUUGAUCCCUCCAAGGGAAUUCCUGACGUUAUCAAGAGCUACGCCAAGUUCCGCGAUAUGGUGAAAGACAAACCCAAGGAGGAAAUCCACCAAUUGGUGCUCUGUGGACACGGUUCGGUGGAUGAUCCCGAUGCGACGAUGAUCUAUGAACAGACCAUGGAUUUGAUUCUCACACAGUUUCCCGACUUGGUCGAGGACAUUAUUGUCGUUCGACUGGGCCCGAGUGACCAGAUCUUAAAUGCCAUCAUGUCGCUUUCGACUGUGGCACUGCAGCUUUCAACUCGAGAAGGAUUCGAGGUCAAGGUCUCGGAAGCCUUACACAAGGGGAAACCGAUCAUUGCGACCAUCGCUGGGGGCAUUCCACUUCAGGUCGAGGACUCCAGGAGUGGUUACCUUGUCCAACGUGGUGACCACGACGCUGUUGCCCGGCACCUAUACGACCUAGUCAAUGACAAGGAUCUGUAUAGGAGCAUGAGCGAAUACGCGCGGACGCACGUCAGCGACGAAGUGCACACUGUUGGAAACGCCCUCAGCUGGAUGUACCUUGCCUCAAACGUGGCGGGCGGAAAGUCACUGAAGCCGAAUGAGAGAUGGAUCAACGACUUGGCUCGGGAGGCUGCUGGGGAGCCAUACAAAGAGGGCGAGCCACGGCUACCGCGCCACCUCUCCACUUGA